UUGAAGAGAUUUGAAUUGAAUUUGAUGUCAAUUUAUUGAUUCAAUAUUUACAGACAUUUCCUUCAACUAUAUCAUAGAAGAGCAACCAAUCGGAAGACUAUUAUUCAGGAAUUUCUGUGAAACUAAACCUCAAUAUAAUAAAUGCAACAAUUUUCUCGAUGCAGUCGAAAGCUAUGAAUUGCAGUUCGAUGAGGACAGGGCGAGCGUCGGCCACGAGAUUAUUGUCAAAUACUUAACCAAAGAGAGCACACAUUUUGUCGAUGUUAUUAAUCAAGAUAUAAUUACUCAAUGCAAUGACAAUUUGCAUUCACAUUAUAAAGACCUCUUCGCUCAGUGCGCACAGUCAGUCAAAGAUUUUCUAUCGAAAGAUCCGUUUAAAGAGUUUGAAAGAAGCAAAUAUUUUUUACGGUAUUUGCAAUGGAAAACACUGGAGAGUCGGACGGUUACGGCCAAAACGUUUAGGAUGUAUAGAGUGUUAGGGAAGGGAGGCUUUGGUGAAGUGUGUGCGUGUCAGGUGAGGGCCACCGGCAAGAUGUACGCGUGCAAGAAGUUGGAGAAAAAGCGUAUCAAAAAACGAAAGGGAGAGUCAAUGGUAUUGAUUGAGAAGCAAAUUCUCCAGAAAAUCAACUCCCGAUUUGUUGUGAGUCUGGCCUAUGCUUACGAAACGAAAGACGCUCUCUGACACGUCCGGAUAUCAGAUCUGGGAUUAGCGAUGGAAAUACCUGAAGGAGAAACUGUGAGGGGAAGAGUUGGAACUGUUGGCUAUAUGUCCCCCGAAGUAAAGAGAGAAGAAGUUGAGCGCCGAGUGAAAGACGAAAACGAAAAAUACUCGAAUAAAUUCACUGAAGACGCGAAAGCCAUCUGUCAAGCGUUGUUAAAGAAAGACCCUAAAGAACGUCUCGGCUGUACGAGCGGUCGAUUCGGCUCUUUUGAUGUGAAGGCACACGACUUUUUCAAAUGUUUGAAUUGGAAAAGACUUGAGGCCGGAAUACUUGAGCCGCCCUUCUCUCCAGAUCCUCACGCCGUGUACGCGAAGGAUGUAUUAGAUAUCGAGCAGUUCUCGACAGUAAAGGGUGUAAAUCUAGACGCGAGUGACGACACAUUUUACACUAAAUUCAGUACCGGUUGUGUAUCGAUUCCGUGGCAAAACGAGAUGAUAGAGACCGAGUGCUUCAAAGAGUUGAGUGCUUUCGGACCAAACGGUUCGCUACCCAUUGAUCUCAUGUUCGACUGCCCGCCCGUCGAAGAAACGAAAGGUUGUUUUCCUUUCCGCAGAAAAGCUAAAAAGAGAGACAUUAAGAGCUCGUAUUCGGCGACAAACGAUCACUUCUCGCACUUGUCGUCGUCCGGCGCCGAAGGAAAGGAUCCGAUGACUCGCUCGCAGCCGACGCCCACUGCGGACAUUGUGAACGCCACGAACACAACCCUUACGUUCAACAGUUAAUACCUUUUUUAUAUUUAUUUCUACUUAAGUCUUGACUACAACUCUAUUUAAAACAAAACUAUAUUUGACUUUUGUCUACAUUUAUAACGACAAACGAGAGCAUAAAUUUGGCCAAAAUCUUCUUCACCUGAUUGUGUGUCACUACAUAUCAUCUCUCCA